AUGACAACUUCGUCACCUAUAAAUAUUGCCACACCAACUUCAAACGCUUCGUCAUCGCCAUUACCUCCGAUAUCUCAAGGAAAUCAAAGAAAUCCCAAUUAUAUCGACCUCGAUUCACAUUAUUCUGCAAGAAUCAUGACCACCGGUACGAGAUAUGAAGAUAAUAUGAGUCGCUCACCACACCAGUCAUUUGCAGUAGCCAAACCCAUUUCUAUGAACAACCCAAAUAGAAAUAAUGAUCGUCCUCGUCGUGAAAGUUUGGCAGGUAGCCUUGUUGGAGCUAUGAGUUGGGGAGGCGUUUCUGUUGGAAGCUGGAUUCGAGAUGAUAUCAUUAUGGCCGGCACAUCACCAUUUGUUCCAUCUCAAUCGUCGGCAUAUAAUUCUUUUUCAUAUCUUCCCAAGCUCGAAGCUCAAUUUAUGAAAGACUUCCACUGUUGUGGUCUCAUACUAGCAACACUACAUGACCUUUUACUUCAUUACGAAGAGUCUCAUGCGCAGCAGACCCCAGCAUCACUUCGAAACAAUUCAUCCAUUGUACGAGCUCGCGAGAACUCAACACCCAACGGUAGAGCAGCUAUUGCAGCACAAACCACAUCCGCCGUACAACAUCAUGCUCAGCAGCAUCAAAACCAGCCAUCACAACAGCCUCGGCUUUCGGGUUUACAGAUGCCACAAGCCGGUGCAAGCGUAGGAGGUAUCCAAUUGAUGCGCCAACAGCAACGCUCACAACCAGCUACUCCUAUACAAAAAAACAGUCAAGGUGCUACCGAUGAGAUGGACGGAGUUGAGGAUAUGGAAAUGGACGACGCUAUCGGACCUAUGGAUUCAACUUCGGAUACACCGGUUCAAGCAUCACAUAAUCAUCAACCUGUACAGGCAGCACAACAGUCUAGGUUCGGUCAGCAACCAAGACCCACCAUUAAUCUUAACUCUACCAUGCAACACUCUGGUCUCCGAGCAUCCCAGCCACCUACUCCCGCAGCUUCCUCCUUUGGAUUCCAAAAUAACCCGACUGUCUCUUCUGUUAAUACCCCUACUUUGACGGCACAACCCACACAGCAAUCACAGACAUUUCCUCCAGAUCUCUUGGCUCCCAAUUCGCCCACGGAAUUGGAAUCAGAUUAUAUCAACAUGUCUUUGAAUAUGAACAUGGGAAACCGAAAUAUGAACAUGAAUAAUGUCGCUUACCCUUUCAAUUACGGUGGAGUGAACGAUUUAGGCUUGGACCUUUGUAUCGACGAACCCGCCAAGCGUCUCUACAGUCCUAAUGGUGGUGGUUUCAAUAGCCAGAGAGCUCUUCAACAACAAUUUGCACAGUUUGGUUUAGGACAGGGACAAUUCGCAAAUAACGCAGAUUUGAUGAGAGCAUACCAGCAACAGCAAUUGAUGGCAAGCAUGAAUGGCAUGGACUCUACAGGAUUAAUGAUGGGAGAAGAGCACAAGCCAUUUAGAUGCCCUGUCAUUGGAUGUGAAAAGGCCUACAAAAAUCAAAAUGGUCUCAAGUAUCACAAGACACACGGUCACCAAACUCAGCAAUUGCACGAAAACGGCGAUGGUACAUUCUCAAUUGUCAAUCCAGAAACUUCCAUUCCCUACUCAGGUAACGAGGGCAUGGAAAGAGAGAAGCCAUACAAGUGUGAUUUCUGCGGCAAGAGAUAUAAGAAUUUGAAUGGUCUCAAAUAUCACAAACAACAUUCAACCCCCUGCGACCCCGAUCUCAAAUUGAAUAACCAUUUAGCAUCUGUUGGAUUGGGUGGUAUCGGAGUUCCCAUGACAGGUUUACCUGGUAUUGGUGAAGAAAGCAUGAUGUGA